AUGAAGACUGCUUUCCUUUUGCUUUCUCUCUUGUUCUUGGCUUUUGGAACCAAACUGUCUCCGGUGAAAGCUGAUGCCUCACCACCGGCAGUACGCGAUACAGCAGGCCACAAGCUCUCUUCAGGGGUUAAAUAUUACAUCUUUCCGGCCAACCCUAAGAAAGGUGGUGGGUUCACCUUUGAGGCUACCAACAAUGGCAAAUGCCCAUUUGGUGUCGUCCAAGAUAACAACAAGCUAUCCAAAGGUCUCCCUGUCAGAUUCUUCCCUGUCAACCCUAAGAUGGAUACCAUCCGUGUGUCCACCGACCAUAAUAUCAAGUUUGCUAUUCCAAUAUCCCAUCCGCCAUCAUCGUCGGUGUGGAAGGUUGGAGAGUACAGUAAAUGGAUAGGGAAGCAGCUUGUUACAACUUGUGGGGUUUUGGGAAACCCUGGUCGUGACACCUUAAGUAGUUGGUUCAAGAUUGAGAAGUAUGAUGAUGAUUACAAGCUGGUUUUCUGUCCUUCCGUCUGCAAAUCUUGCAAAGUUUUCUGUAAGGGUGUUGGCAUUUUUAUCAAGGAUGGAGUCCAUCAUCUGGCUUUGACUGAUAAUCCGUUGAAGAUCAUGUUCAAGAAGGCAUGA